AUGUUUCUCCAAGUUUAUAUUGUAAUGUUUCCGGAAAAUAUAUAUAAUUCACACAAUUCCGUAUAUUCAUCCCUUUCCGGAAAAUACACAAAAACUUUAAAAAACACAGAAAAUACAAUAAUUAAUGCUUCAGAAAAUACAUUCAAUUUUAAUUUAAUAUUUACAAAAAAACAAACAUUUAAAACCAAAAACAUGUCUAAACCUAAUCGUGAACAAAAAACACAACAAGAAAAAGCACAACGGUUUAGAAAUCAAGUAAAAUACAGAAGUGAAGCAAUACAAAAGGGGCAAUACUUGCUGGAUGAAAAUGUUAUAGAAUUAAUGGAACAAAAAAGAAGCGGGUCCAUCGACAAUACAAGCCCUGUACCAAUGAUAGAUGAACUACAGAUGAAAGAAAAUAAUAGUAAAGAAACAAUGACAUCAAGACGUUCAAUGACAACAUUACCUGAAAUGGGGAGAUCGUUUAGUACAGAACGGUAA